AUGGAAACUGACACGGGCAAGCUUCAUGCCAGGCUCUCACUUUUGAACGGUGCACUAGACGAUCUCGAAACCGAGCUGGAACCUCUAUUCGCGCAAACACUCCCAGAAACUGUUGUAGGUUUGGAAACUAUACAACAAGCGAAGUUGCAAGUCGCGUUGCCAUAUCUUGUCUAUGAUUUGGUCUUUAUAUACCUGAGGACGAGAGGAAUCGACCCUAAGACACAUCCAGUCAUUGGUGAAUUGGAUCGAGUCAGGCAGUAUUUUGACAAACUUAAGAAUGCCGAGGAUCCUCCCAAGAGAACAGUGGCCGUGGACAAAGGAGCUGCAAACCGAUUCAUCAAGCAUGCUAUCGCUCAAGUGAACACCCAGAGACCACCAGGCGAUCAGGAAGGUCCGACCCAUAUUCGAUUCAACGAGGAUGGCGACAUUCGUGUACCAGUGAAGGUGACAAGCAAGAUGCUUGCGCGCGAACAAUAUCAGAAGGAGCUGAAAGACAUUGGGAGUGAAGAAGAAGAAGAACUGGAAGUCAUUGACGUGACUCGAGACGCCGCAGAUGAUGGUAUCAUGAACGGAAAUGGGAAAGGGAAGGGAAAAGCGAAAGCCGUCGUCGACGAGGAUAUCAAUGACACCAGUGCCAGGAAGCGAAGACGACCACCUAUCGAUCCUUUUGCUGGUUACGGUGACGAGCCGGCCCAAGCAAGCAAGAGUGCCGAAUCUCUGAAGAGAGGCAAACCGACAACAGAAGACAUCAUCAUGGCCGACGGACCUAACCCAGGGGGUGACAACCACCCAAUAUCUCUCAAGUCAGCUCCGGAAGCAUCCACGAAGAAGGACAAAAAGGCAGCGAAGAAGGCUAAGAAGGCUAAACGGAGGGACACCACGAAUUGA